AUGUCGCCCAUUUGGCCAAGCUUCCUGGGAGCACGAGGGUGGAGAGGGCCAACCUGCUCUGCCCGUAACAUAGCUGCGUGGCCGCAGCUUCGCACAAUGCGAUGGCCGAAAGCUGCUCGAAGAUUAGCGGCGCUCGCUGUGUCUGUCACGAUCCAGAGAGUGGCGGCAUCUGACACAGAGAGCUGGCUGGUGAGAUGUUCCACGGACUGCAACGGGCGAAACCAAUGCGAGGAGGCCUCACAGCUUGCAGGUCUGCGUAAGGACAUUGAUCGCUUUCUGGACCCCCAAAGCUCACAGCCUGUACCUGUGAACGUCGGGACUGCUUCUGUGGAUGUGCCUGCUGGUGCAUGCGUUGUGUCACAGGGCCAAAAUUUCUCAGAGAUCCAGAGGCUCUCCCAGAGCAACGAGGAGUUGCAGCGAGCCUUAGAAGGGGCUCGACAAGAAGUGAAAACGAAGUCGAAAACGAUGUCCAGUCUCAACAGCACUCAGAGAAGCCAGCUGAGCAACGUCAAAAAGGAGUGCACCGAGCUGCGCGAAGAUGGCAGAGCAAAGAAGAGGCGGAUAAGUGAGAUGGAGGAUGAGAUCCUGAAGCUGCAGCGUGAGCGGGACAAGCUUGCACACGACUUGCAAGAAGCCCAAGAGCGUUCACAGCGUGAUCUGCAAGCUAUGCAGACCGAAGCUGCAGAAGAAUGCCGAAAGCAGGAACUCACAAUCUCUCAGCUUGAGUCAAGGCUCGAACGACUCGCCGAAGCAAGCAAGCCUAGCGCAAAAGACCACGAGCCUGCAGCCACCAGGAUUUCAGAGCUGGAGCAAGAGGUCCUUGCACUGCGGAUGCUUCUGAAGGAAUGGUGGCCAGAGAAAGAACUUGCUCUGGAACUUCAAGCAAAGCAUCUUCAGCUGGACAGCGAGCUUCAGCAGCUGCAAACUGCUCGAAAAGAUUUGCAAAGCGCAAGAGAGCAGAUCAGGACCUUGGAGCAGAGCCAGGCUCAGCUGACGGCUUCUUUGGAAGCACGUGACUCUUCCCUCAAAGAGCUCCGACAAUCCGGCGCCGCCAAUUCCCUCGCGAAGCAGGACCUCGUCGCUUUGGAGGAAGUCGUCUCGGAGAUACUUCAGGCAGCCAACGAGUGUCGAAUCGGUGGAAGCUUCCUGCCAACGGCCACGACAGCCCCGAACCUGCGACUUGCUUGGUCUUUCCUGCAGUCCCGCUUGGCUACUGAAAGCCAGAAGCGCAUGCAAGCUCAGCGCGAGCUGGAUGCCACUGCAGAGAAGCAGAAAAGCAUGCAAGUUGAGCUCAGCAAGCUUAGGGUGGAAGUGGUACGUUGCGAGGAACUGAAGAAGCAGCUCCAGGACUCGCAGUCUGAAAUCCACUCUCUUCGAGACGGAUCGGCUGAAAGGACGGGGGAAGAAUCGGAGCUGCAGAGGCAGCUUGCAGCAAAGCAGCAGGCCAUCGACGCCAUCACAACCGAAGCAGAGUCCCUGCGCAGCCAGCUGAGUCAACUGAUGGAUGUGGAAGGCAAGGCUAGAAAGCUGGAGCGUGUAAACGCCGAACUCUGGGAGGCCAACAAGGAGCUUGAGAGCCGGGUCGAGAGAUUGGAGAGUGCCAAUGCUGAGGAAGCAGAUUUUGACCCGCGAACAACGAAAGUCUUGCAUCUUACGAGAGGUCCAGUGCAACAGGUUGAUGCCCACGCUAGUGGCGCCGGUGGUGACUUGGAGCAGCAGCAGGCAUCAAGACAGUUGGACCGGUUCAAGAAAGCCAUGCGAAAAUAUGUGCAGGAAUUCAGAGAGGGGAUUUACCACCUCCUAGGAUGGAAGGUGGAGAUGAAGGGCGAUGGAAGUUCAAUGCGAUGGCACCUAACUUCGAGGUAUCAUGAAGGCCAGGAGCUGGUUUUCCAGCUCCGACCUGCAAGCACUGGACAUCCCGCUGAGUUCGACUUGCUGGGGACUGUUUGGGCAGAGCAGUUGCAGGGUGACCGCCAGGCGAUGGCAUACCUUGAGGUAUACAGUUCUAUUCCCGGCUUUCUGGCGCACGUUUGUGCUGGAGAACAAGUUCAGCAUCACGCCUGCCCGUAUCAGGCAGACUGCUCCUCUGCCAACAGCUUCUGCCCUGACGGAGAGGAACCCAAGGAAUGCAAGUUCUCAGACUGGUCUGAUUGGGAGGCCCCCGUUGCAUGCACUGGCCUGUGUACCAGGAAACGAAGUAUUCUACAACACAACAGCUGUGGUGGAGCUGCUUGCGAGGGUCCGCUUCAAGACUCCCAAUACUGCCUGGACUCCUGCCCGCAAACUCCAGAGGACUGUGAGCUCAGCGCCUGGGGAGAAUGGAGUGCUUGCAGCCUCAACGUCACGAAUCAGAGGGAGCGAAACCGAAGCGUGGUGGUUCUUCCUGCACGAGGUGGCGCUGAGUGUCUUGGUGCCCUUCUAGAGACAGAGGACUGCGGCUCAGCGGAUACGGAGAGUGGCGACUGCGUGCUUUCCAUGUGGAUGGACUGGAGCCCAUGUAAGGCGUGUGAAGACAAGCAGCGAGGUCGCCUCCGAACAAUUCUUCAUCAUGCCAAGCAUGGUGGGAGGCCCUGUGAAGAUACACUUAGCGAGACAUCUGCGUGUCCCUGCUCAAACACAGAGGUGCCGGGUGACUGUGUGUUGGAAGACUGGACUGACUGGAGUGUUUGCAACGGCACCGAUGACCGCGAACGGCGCCGGACACGUCAGAUCCAAGAAGCCACAGAUUCGGGGGAGGCAUGCUCUGGGCCAGUUGUUGAGGUGUUGCCGUGUGACCCAGCGGACUCGUCAGAGACACCCGCCACCGACUGCGCGUUCGCUGACUGGUCGGACUGGCAGCUCUGUGACAAGUCGUGCGACGGAGGUCAGACUGUCAGGACCCGGACAAUCGCAACUCCCGCUGCGUCUGGUGGUACUUCUUGCAGUGGCGGCUUGCAGGAGACCACGUCGUGCAACACCUUGUCUUGCAGUCUUUACCACCGGCCGUGUCGACCUUCGCAGUGGACCGAGUGGGGACCUUGCACUACGACUUGUGGCCCCGGCAGCUCUUCCCGCAGCCGCACCUUCGCGGAGGCAGACCUGGGUGGAGAGCCUUGCUCGUUGACGCUGGCAGAGACUAGAUCAUGCGCAACGGACUCUACACAGGCAUGUGGGGUUCAGGAUUGCAUGAUUGACGACUGGUCAGACUGGAAGUCUUGCACGAAGACUUGCAGUGGGGGGAUCACUGAGCGCCAUCGAAAGAUCACGCAGCACGCUUCCAUGGGAGGAAAGCCCUGUGAUCUUGAGGAAGACCAGCUGGAGGAGGUCAAAGCAUGCGGUGAGGGUGCAUGUGAAGUCAACGACGACUGUGAAGACGGCGAGUGGGGUGAUUGGGAAGGCUGGACAGAUUGCACAAAGACCUGCCGCGGCGGAUUCCGCUUGUCACAACGAAGGGUGGUGAAGGAGGCGAACUACUGUGGUACUCCAGCCCAAGGAGUUGCCACAAAGAUCGAAAGUUGCAACGACGGAAUCGUCUGCAGCGGGGCAGUGGACUGUGAGCUUACGGAAUGGACCGAAUGGUCCGUGUGCGACAAGCCCUGCACCGGGAUGCAGGAACGAGCCCGCGGAAUCAAGGUUCAUCCAGAGAACGGUGGGGUGCCAUGCGGCUCCGAGGGGCAGGCCACCAGCCUUUCGGAAAUGGAGCAUUGUCCUCCGCAGCCAGGCGAGACCUGCGUUGUUCCGGAGCCGGAUGGAUGCUCGAUCGGUGACUGGUCCGCUUGGUCCGAGUGUUCUGCGACCUGCGAUGGCGGCCAAAAGUCCCGAAGUCGAGAGGCUUCGGCAGGUGCCGAUGGAUCCUGGUAUCCGUGCAAGGGCGAGCUGAAGCAGACGAGUCCUUGUGCUACAGACGCUUGUGGCGAAAAGGAGGACUGCACGUAUGAGGACUGGACAGAAUGGGGAAAUUGCACCAAGUGUGGUGGCCAGACAUUUCGAUCACGCUCCAUUCAGUCACAGCCUGCGUACGGCGGUGCCGAAUGCCAAGCAUCUGAAACCAUGCAGACGAAAAGGUGCCCCAGAGAAUGUGGACCACACUUGUACUGGUGCGUGUGGAGUGACUGGGCAUCCUGGUCAGCCUGCACUGAGGACUGCGGCGUUGGAAUCCACUUCCGGAAGCGGUUGCUGACGAUGACGGACACCCAGCCAGCGAACCCACUCGCAGUGGCAUCCUCGGAGAAGGACUGCGCUGGCGAAUUGGUCGAUAUCGAGCAGUGCCCGGAUCUGCCCGAAUGCGAGAGCUGCGUACCACAGGAUUGCGUCUUGGGCGAGUGGUCGGAGUGGAGUUCACCGCGCUGCGAGGGCAUUUGCACUCGAAGUCGUGGAGUUGCCACUCCGAGCAACGAGUGUGGAAAGCCGUGCGAGGGGUCUUUGAACGGCACGAAGCCUUGUCACGCGGACUGCCACAGCGAGGAUUGCCAACUGGGAACUUGGACCGCCUGGACCGGCUGCAGCUCCCUUCUGGACAACAAGUAUCGUGCACGGCUGAUCACCACUUCUGGAGCGUUCGGUGGCAAGGUUUGCUCCCUCAGCUCACUCAAUGAGACAUCAUCCUGCCAAACAGGGGCAGAUGCACCAGUGAAUUGCGUUCUGGCUGCAUGGUCAUCAUGGGGACCUUGCUCAAAGACGUGCGGUCCCGGCCAGCAGUCUCGAUCGAGAUCGGUGGCAAGUCAGGCUUCGCGUGGUGGGCAGGCCUGCAUCGGCAGCUUGAGCGAGUUGCAGCGCUGCGAAGUUUCGCCGUGCCCAGCUGUUCCUGCCAAUCUUGCAGAUUGUCAGUGGGGUCCGUGGUCCGUGUGGCAAGACUGCCAUGGUGGCCAACAGGUGAGGACUCGCGCGGUGGUUCACCCUGCCCAAGCAGGCGGCGAAGCCUGCGAGGGCCCCGUGGAGGAGACGAAAAGCUGCGGCCAGGAACAUGCAGGAUCUCAAGACUGUGUGUUCUCCCUCUGGAAUGAGUGGAGCUUGUGCUCAAAGACGUGCGGUGGAGGGCAGAGUUCGCGGUCGCGCGUGAUUGACUCGCAUGCUCGCGAAGAUGGAGCACAGUGUGCUGGAACCCUCCUGGAAGUGAAGCCCUGCGCCAUGGACUCCUGCGCAGAUGCUGCAGCCACUAUGUGCACCUAUACCGACUGGACAAGCUGGGGGAUGUGUUCACGUUCUUGUGGAGGAGGCUACAAGGAAAGAUCCCGGGAUAUCCGAGUUCCAGCAGUUACAGGUUUGAGUGGCUGCAGUGGCACGCUGAAAGAGUCGAUGCCGUGCUCGUCGACUCCGUGCCAAAAUGCCGUGGACUGUGUGUGGGCCGAGUGGGAGGAGUGGUCGGAGUGUGUAAAGGCACCUUCCAUCUGCGGCGUUGGAUCCAAACGCCGCAAGCGCAGCAUCGCCGUGAUGCCUGCGAACGGCGGGGCUCUCUGCGACCCCAGGCCCUUGGAGCAGGUUAUGCCGGUCAGCAACUGCCAGGGGCAGGCUCCGUGCUGCAUUGAUGGCGUUUGGCAAGACUGGCAAGCCUGGGGAGCGUGCAGUGCGCACCGCGGAACUGGAACCCGCAAGAGGGAAAUUGAUGCUUUCGUUGUUGAGAACCGCCGGUGGCUCUCAGAUGAAGCAGAGGGAAUCUUGAGGGCUAUGGAUGGCCAGGAUCAGCGACACGUCCUCGUUGACGGCUCGAUGUCCAACUGCAGAGAUCCAGUGGCCAUAGUGAAAUCUCGCGCCUGGAAUGGCCAUUUGAAGGCACAUAUGGAGUGGAUGGAAGAACGUCGAGAUGCAUCUGCACAGCAGCUCGUUGAUGAUUUCGUCAUUGCCAACGCGAGGUGGAUCAACUCGGAAGCCGAAGACCUUUUGGCAUCUUUGGAUCCUGAUCUCCUCUGGAAAGUUAUCGACUUCGGAUCGCUGCAAUUCUGUCGCGAUCCUGUCGCCAUCAUCCGGAUAAGGAUUAAGGACGUCGAGCGUGGCAAGGGUGGGAAAAGCGGCAAGAAGGGUGGCAAAGGCAGCAGGAGAGGUGAACCGAAGGCGAAGCGGAGACGGACUGACAUGGAGAGCUCAUGGGAAGCCUGGGAAGAGCCACCAGGUGCAUCCUCGGCCCACGAGCAGGCAGCUCAGGCUGGACAUGGCCAGGACCCAGAUGAAAAGAAAGGGCCAGAGGAAAAGCACACGCGAGCAAUUGAAGAGGGCAGAAGCCUCUUCGUCGUGGGGAUCCCUCCAUUGUGGAGCGUCAGCCAAACCGAAGAGUUCUUCAGUUAUCACGGUGACAUCGAGUCUGUCUAUCUGCUGCAUUUGCAGAAAAGCACCAAUAAGAGAGCGGCCUAUGUCAACUUCACUACGGAGGAAGGGGCCAAAAAUGCCGCCUUGGUGUGCGACAGGCUGGAGGUCGAACAUCGGGAAGAGACGCACUAUCUCUGCUGCAGCAUCAAGCAGAAGGCAGGAUUCAAGACUUACACGAGAAGGCUCAGCCAAGGGCUGCAUGGAGAGGUCGAUUUUAAGCAAGCUCAAGAAGAAGCCCGGACGGUCUUUCUUUCAAGGCUACCGGCAUAUACAUCGAAAAAGCAAAUACAAGAUUUGACAGAGGAUCAUGGGGUGGUGGAGGCGAUCCACAUCCUUCCUGCAUCAAGCUACAAUACCAUCGCUUGCUUCGUGACGAUGGAGAGCCCUGGAGAAGCUGCCUUCAUGAUCAGGGCGCUGAACAACACAGAGGCAUUCGGGACCGUCAUUCACGCCAGUCUCGCCGUUGAGAAAAAUGACAAGCGGAAGAAGCUGCAUCCAGAGGAGGAGUGGAUACAAUGGUAUCCGCUGGAAAUUCGAAACUUUCCUCACUGGGCCGUUGCGGAUGACAUCAAAGCCACGAUUUCAACCGUCGGGCCGAAUUCGCAGCGAGUGCGUAUGAUGCAUUACGAUCCACAGCCUAGCCUGAGCAUCGCCAGGGCAUAUUUCAGGGAAGAAGCAGACCGGGACGCAUCUCUCAAGGAGCUUGCCGGCUAUGAGCUCUCUCCGGGGUAUCCCUUGUCGGUUGAAGCUCUUCCAAGGACCGUCUUCGUUCGUGAGACUUUCUGUGGCAAGCCCCCGGCGGGCACUAGUACGGAAUACGAAGAAUGCUCUGCAGUUGAUGUCGACUGCGAAUUCGGGGAGUGGACACCUUUCUCGGCUUGCUCUGCUGCCUGCUAUGGACAACAGCGUAGCGCUCGCCAAAUUCUCCGGAACAGUUCAGGCAAUGGCAAUCCUUGCGAUGGGGCCGUGGAGAAGGCUGUUCGGUGCAACCCAGCUGAGGGAGAAGAUGCACCUGACAGUUGCCAGAGCCACCAAGCCAGCGGCGUUCAGAACUGUGUGAUGAGCCACUGGUCGGAUUGGACUUCCUGCUCAGCAACAUGCGAGAGAGGUUUCUCCACGCGCUCGAGGUACGUAGAGGUCAAUCCUCAAAACGGCGGGGAGUCGUGUCCCACCAGCGUCAAGGAGAUGAAACUUUGCAAUGACGGCGUCAGCUGCUUCCAAGGGCGCGUUGACUGUGUUUGGGAGGAAUGGACGGCAUGGAGCGCGUGUGACGCGUUCGAUCUUGCCACGCGCACUCGCGGUUAUGCUCGUCAUGCUGAAUCCGGUGGCCUUGACUGUUCCGGACCCAUCCGGGAAGUCAAGGGCUGCAGCAGCGACGGAGGGAGCUCUUGUUCAGUUUCCUGGUACAACUGCUCCUGGAGUCAGUGGUCAGCUUGGUCAGCCUGUUCAGCUACAUGUGGACGCGGAGGAGUGCAAGCUCGCAAGCGUCAAUUGCAGGUGGGCCAUAGUUCCGUGGAUGCACCGGCUGCUGGCCUCGUCGUCAGUGCGUCAGGGGCAAGGAGGCAACCUGACGGUUCAUCAAUCGCUUCCGAGCACCAAAUUGGGCCGACGGAAGUUGUGGACUUCAAUUGUGCGGAGAACAUGAACUGGCAAGAUGAUUGGCCUCACGAUGUGAAAGCCUACUGCUGUCAAAGGGGUAUCUGCGAGGGCCAGGCGGCUGCUGCUCCAAGCGCCGAAUAUUUGCCCAGUGACGACCCUGUCUUGGAGGAGAUGUCACCUUCGGACACCGUCAUCCGGUACGACCGGCAUGGACUGUCCUCGCUCAAGGAGCAGGUGAAAGCUGCAGAGGAACGACACCACAGGGACCGCUUGGUUGCCUUCAUCCUAGGCAGCGGAUGUCUCCUCAGCGCAUUAAUUCUUAGCAGAGUCUUUUCCACCAGCAGAUCCGCUGCUGAAGUUCGGAACUUGCAAGACUUCUUUGUGAAAUUCGGUGCUAAAGAGUUCCGCUUGCAUGUUUCAGUGGCUUGUGCAAAUGCAUGGCUGCAAAACGCACAACAUGAUGGCUUCCAGUGGAUUCAGCUCUGUUGCAUUGGUUCGUUUGUUCUUGGAGAAGCUGAAAAGCCAGCUUUGACUCAUCAGCUCAAAGAGUGGGACAGUGUGGUUCUGAAAACUGCCUCCGCAAUGCGCCGAUGUAAUUUCCGGGAAGGCGCCGUGCAGGCCGUCACCGGCCAGUCAUUUGCACAAGGACACAUGGCAUGGUCGCGGGCGUUGAUGCUGCUGCUGAGCAUCCCAUGUGCCUCCGGAGAUGCUUGCAACAGCAGCGCGGUGACGAGCCUCCCGCCUUUCGUGGACCACAAGACAGUUCGCAAAGGUCAAGGCGAAAUGAUCUGGAGCUUCCCCCCUCCUGCAGAGGAUUUCGGCAUAGUGCUGACGCCGUCGAACAGCUCAGUGAACCCCGACAUGAGGCUCUACAUGGCCUCACCCGCGACUGCAUGUCAGCCCAUGCUGAAUUCACAGGAGCUUGGCGCAGAUUACAUGCGGCUCGACAGGAAUCUGACCGAGUUUUGGAACGUUUCGGCGUACUUCCUCCAUGUCACCUGCAGGGAUGAGGAGACGUGCCGGUAUCACUUGGCCUUUUCGAAGUUGGAAGAGUGGGAGGAGAUGGCAGAUGGCGAGCAAAGGUCUGCGAUUGCCUACCACGGAGUGCCCCUCCAUUUCAAGUUUCUAUGCGCAGCGAAGUGCGCCAACUCAUCAGAAGCCAGUACACAACAGCGGAUAACGUUCAGUGCAUGGCCUCGAGAUGCAUCUUCACGGAGACAUUUGUCGCUUCUGGUCCGCCGUGGCGACUAUCCGACCACAAAUGCUCACGAGCACAUCAAUGCAAGCAGAGGAUGGUUUAGCGGGGAGGUGGUCAGCAUAACUGCGAAAGCAGGAACUUACUACGUGACAGUGCUGAAAAGGCACGGUCUUUCGCCUCUUCCGUUCGUGAUCUCUGUGUCCCUGCCAUCGACGAUCGAGACGCUGCAGCUGGGAAAGCCAACUUUUGGAGCUGCGCAGAAGGGCGUCCCAUCCUUCUACAAGUUCUAUGUGGCUCGAGCUGAGACUGACAUCGAGGUUUACCUCACCAAGCUGGACGGAGAUCCGGACUGCGCAGUGUCUCACCAACAGGAGAACGAGCGACCGAGUCUCAGCAAGUCUCAGUGGCGCUCGGCAAAGGCCGGGGACGACGAGAUCUCGAUCGCACCGGCUGAUCCAGAACGCAGGCGGCAUCGGACUGGAUGGUUUCACGUGGGAGUGCACAGCCUGUCCGAGGAUUCGACGUUCUCCAUCAUUGCUUUUGCAGAGAACCACGUUGAGCAAGCAGCUGACACCGAGCAGGGCAAGGAUGGUUACAUGAUCCAGUGGACCGAGCUCUGGAUGGGACUUCCCCAGGCCUUGGCGGCGCAGCCAGGGAGACCUGCCAAUUUCUUGUACUACAGCCAACUGGCAGCUCCCAAGCUCUUUGUGAACAUUGAGGCGAUCGAGGGCAAUAAGCCGGACGUGUGCGUGCAGAACUGCGGUGAAGAUCCGCACAGGUGUCCCUGGAUCUCGAUCUUUGCAUCAGAAACCACGCGAGCAAGUGCCCCGGACACUGCGGUAUCUUUCUGUGGAGAGGGAUCGCUGCGCGGGUAUGCCGGGGAUGAGCAGGUGACGAUCCUGAAGCCCUGCACCAAAUGCUGGUACACGGUGCUCGUGACCAGCGCGCUGAAGCGCAGCAGGUUCAAGAUACAACUGGGAGCUGAAGGAAGAGCACACCCGCUCGUGGAAGGCGAGUCCUUCAAAGGUCAUGCAGACAGUGGUGACGCGUGUCCUGUGCUGGCCUACGACUUGCUGCAGUCUGAAAUCGAGAGCCACGCAACACCGGAUGCGACCCUGCAGAUCUCCAUGACGCCUAUCUACGGCGAGCCAGUGUUCGAUGUGAGAAAGGACUCGGAGGACGGGAAAGUGCUCUUCAACUCGUCUGGAGCCGGCCACGACUCCUGGCAGCUGAAGCUGAGUUCGGACCUUGCCAAAACUGCGGCUGGAAUCUACUACGUCCAGGUGUGUGCAGCAGGACCACAACACGCGCAAUUUCGCAUCACCGUGGCAUGGGACAAGCCUCUGCUGAGGCCUGGCACGAGUGGGAAGGUUGUGCCUAAGAAGCUUGGUGUUGCCAUGCUGAACGACGGAGAGGUUCAAAUGGGGAGCAUAUCUGCCAAGAAGCAUGAUGUCUACCUCUUCAUUCCGGCUUCGGUGGAGCAGUCGCCCACCAUCAGGGUCUCCGUCACGUCUACGAGUGGAGAGUGCAAGCUGUAUGUGCUGGCUCCGAAGUCAGGAUCUGAGAGCAAAGCGAAAGAAGCCAUGCGCACAUUCCUUCAAAAUCCUGCUGACGUGGCAGAUUGGACAACGGCUGAAAAAGAUUCCUCGGAGAUCGUCAUUUCACCUUCUGAUGCAAAGUACGUUUCGCCGACUUCGUCGAAUCUGUAUGUGUUCCUGGUGUCUGCAGAGGGAGACACAGAAUUUGAGAUCGCUGCCUCCACCGGAGGUGUGGAGGAAUUGCUGACUACGGGCCUGCCGCUGCGAGGGGAGGUCGCACGAGGGGAGUAUCGCAGGUAUCGCGUUUCCAUUGCAGAGGCUGGCAGACAUCUGUCCAUCCAACUCACCGCCGAGAACGGGGACUGUGACCUUUACGUUCACAUCGUCCCAGACGUCUCAUCGGAAAGCUUCGUGUUAAGGUCGGAGAAUGUUGGUUCUGACUCCAUCUUUGUCGAUGCCUUCAGCGAUCUCAACCAGAUGCAUUGUGGCGAAAAGAUGAUCCAAACCUAUGGUGAGUGUGUGUACUUCGUUGCCAUCAAAGGGAUCUCUACACAAUCGGUUUACCAGCUUCAAGCCAUCGUUCCGGCAGCUCUACCACUGCCGCUGACGAUGUCCACCAGCAGAGCCGUGACGCUGCCACCAGGUGGCAUACAGUAUUUCUACACGCCGGCGGAGCGCUCUAAGUCGACUCUGAUCGAGGUAGAAGUGCGGAAUGGAGCCUUGAACCAAGUGGCAAUGAAGGUGAUGCCUCUGGCAGAAGCCAAACAUCCAAAUGCCUCCAAACUUGGUGAGGUUGACAUGACGGGCACCUUCUUUGCAGGGGUGUGGAGCUUGAUGCUCGAACCGACAAGGUUGUCUGAGAAGUGUGCCACGGACUGCACAAUUCUGGUCGUGCUGAAGGGCGAGGAGGUGCUCACAACAUGUGCCAUCUCCUAUCAACCCAGGCAGAAUUCAGAAGCGUCUUCCGUGAGAAGCUGUCGUCUUCUGGAGGCGGGAGUACCAUCACGUGGCAUCCUUGCAGCCAGCACGGAAAAGGUGUGCUACAAUUUGAGGAUCUCGGAUGACAGUGAUGUUGCCAUCACAGUGAGCCCGCUAACGGACUGCCGACCCACAGUGGAGGUUACUCAGAUGUCUGGCACAACGAAGGUGCUCCCCACAGAUGCGCAUUUGGGGUUCGUUUCGAGUAUCCUCCGGCACGAACGCGGCGAAGUGCAGAAGGGCUUGCUAUCCAUUGAGGUGUCUUCGGGGGCAGCUUGCCAGUUCGAUGUCCGAGCACAGAUGACCGUUGGGAAGGCAGGUCAGGCAUCAGCAGGUCUCCUUUUCGAAGCGCAGCAGGUGUUGAGGCUUGACGUGCCCGCUUUCUUCACCACUUCACAUAACGCAGGUGCUCGUUCCUUCACCUACACCUCCCAGAUACAAACGCCCAAAGAGACGGCGUCACGAGAGUUUCUGCAGGUCGAAGUGAUGGCACUUUCCGGGGAGAUCUCGGUUCGCUGCGCAUGCCGUGCUGUCCCUGCAGCAACUGCACACGGGUCUCAGAAGACAUUCGUAUCAGAUGCCUUGAAGGCCCUACAUCCGGCGGAAGCUGACUUGAGCAAGGGUUCGAGCCAGAUCUACACUUGCCGCGGGAUGCGCGAGGCAUGUGGCGAGGCGUUUACCUGCUUGAUCCUCCUUGUCGUGGAAAGCAAGAUGAGAGGUUGGGAGGCCGACUAUGUCGUGAUGGCCGUGGACAGGAGGACCCGUGAGAUGUUGCUCCCCGGAGUUGCCAUCGAGAGCUGUGUUGGACAGCUAUGUGCAGGUGGCAGGCCAAGCAUCAGGUAUCAGCUGUACAUCAACAACCCGGGCACCAAAGUGAGCCUUCGUUUCUCGUGUCAAGGACGACUGCGGCAAGAACGAUGCUCACAGGUUCUACUGAGUGCAGAUGCAAGGACUCCAAUGCCAGCCAGUUUGGCGGACAGAGCGUACACACCUCACGAGGCUGCGGAGGCUGGAUACAUCUCCAUGGAGCUGAGAACAUCAGUCGAGCAGGAGAGCGCUCAUCCUGGUCAUUGCAGAGCCCCUUGUGUCCUCACCGUCCAAGUAGAGCUUCGGCCAGGCGAGUAUGCAGCAGUGGACUUCCAACUCGAAGCGGUCUUCGAGGAUGCUUACUCCAUACUUCUCGACGGUGGCAAGCCUCUGCAUCUCGUGGCUGCACCAGGCAAGCCAGAGUACUUCCUGUUCAAUACGCGCCAGCAGACGUCGAUGUCAACUCUGGCUGUUCAAGUUCCCUACGAUGCCUCCGACCCAGAGAUGGAUCUUGUGAAGAUGUUUCUCAUGGAAUGCGGCCAAGAUGGCAAGGAUUCCAGCAUCCACGAUUCCGUGAUGCCGUCUCAGCAGAGCCACAGUCAGCGCGGAGUCGUCAGUUCACGCUGGCAGCUCCUGGCAUUGGUGGCACACCGGUCCGAAAGCCCAGGCCAGGCGGCAGGUUCAUGUCACGGGGUGACCGUGGCAAUCAUCUCGCACCGUACCCAGGCUGUACCGAUUGCCAUUCGUGGGUAUGGAUGGCAUCCAGGCACACCACUGAUGCUCGGCGACCCGCUGGAGGGAGUGCUUGAUGGAUCUCGCAGCCUCAGCUAUGAAGUCGUGCCUGACGAGAGCGUGGAGGACGUCGUGCUGGAUCUCGAAGUUUGUGCAGGCAAUGUGUGGCUUCAAACCGGGAUCCGGCCGGGCAGUAAGACAAGCAGUGGAGCGGGUGGGCACAACCUGCUUGGUGGCAUCUCGCGUGUGAAAAUGCCUCUUAAGAUGAACGAGUGGGUACAGAUAUCGUCCACGGACGGGCGCUAUGCGCGCUAUGUCCUCACGGUUCAGGAUGCUGGCGAUGUCACAUGGCUGGAUGCUGAAGACCUCCAGAGGUCCGUGCUGGUGGCAGAACGUUCUGGCGGCGUUCACGUCGACUGGCGGGCAGCGAGUCUCUUCGGUCAAGGUCACGAUAUAGAUCCGCGUGCUCGGUACGAGGUCUUCUACGGCAGGUUGGACAAGCUAUCUUCGAACAUCUCCACUGCAUGUGGACUUUAUCUGGAGCACUCACUUCGUAAUGCGAGGAGGAUCGUCGUCGACGCGGCAACCGAAGCGCUUAUCGAGGACUUGCAAGCUGGCCAUUAUGUGGUAAACGUGGUUGCUAGGAGUUUGGCAACUGGCCACGUUGUCGCCUACCAGCCCUGGGUUGGCGAUCUCGGCGAUUCAGUCAGGACUGGGGCGGUUUCGGACCGGAAAGCAUCCUCUGGGUUCUGGCCUGACUGGCCUCUUCCAAUCCUGGUGCUAGUGGGCAGCCUGGUAGCAUGGCAGCUCUGCAAAGGCAGUGCAAACCGCUUGCCGCCGUUCAGCUUGGAGUUGCCCUCCUGGAGGAGUUCUCCACAGCACUACCAAAGCCUGGACGGCCGUGAGAUUGGUGGGCGCUACAUUCCACCGGCCAUUGUGGAAGCCUCAGAACCAGAACGAACAGACGUAGACAGUAGACGGAAAGCCCAAGUUUCGCGUAGAUUUUAG